GCCGAAAUGGCAAUGUACGACCUGUACUACGCCAUCUACGUCACCCUAAACAAUCACCUGUACGUCAUGGUAGGGCCUGAUCGAGCUUGGGCGAAAGAUAGUGAGCGCAUCAAGGAAAUUGUUUUGCGGGCUACUUCGCUAGGCCUCCAGAUCUGUCGCCUGAAGCAGACAUUUAUCCCUUUGCGAGACAUUCUGAAAUACGAAUUGCAAAAGGGGAUCGGCUGGCCAAACCACUCCAGCUUUGAGGGUCCAGUAGGAAGCGAAACAUUACUCUUCGAUGCAGAGUACCUGCUGGAGCCCGAAGAUGAAAACGACGAUCUUCUUGUAAUCCAAAACACAGCCGGUGACGAUGACGACGGCGAGGAUCCCAAUGAUCGCUACUGGGUCCUACUUUCACACUAUCAUGGGCUACUGAAUCGGCAAGCUAGGACCCCAGGAUCGUUGAGCGAGUACGAAGAGGCUAUCCUUGAGCGACUCUUCGCGCAAAUACCGGUGUUUCAGAUCAGUUGGACGAUGCUGAUUCCGACGAUAUCACGGAACGCGAAUUCAUCUUUAAUUUGUGGGAGUAGCCUAGCUACUGUAGCGCAUCCAACUCAACUUUGACCGGUGGACGACUAAAUUACAACCAAGUGUUUCAGCAUCAUCAGAAUCGAGUUGGCUUGGCUGCGCGUAAUGAUCCACCCGUUUCCCUCUAUUAUCCAUAAUUCCAAUCCUUCUGAUCGUUCAGUCUACAGCUUAGGCUUAGCCUGUGUGGCUACCGACUAAAUUGCAACCAGGCGUCUCGGCGUUCUAAACUCUCUUUGAGCACGAACGUGCAUCAAUAUUCUUGUAAGUAGCGUAGCUGCAAUAAAAAACC